UUGGCCAUCAGCAGCCUUUAAGAUGCAGCUGAUGUAAUGCAGCUUUGAUCCUUCUAACACAAUUCAGCAGGCACCUCCAGCAGAAACAUGACUCUCCUAAGCAAGCCCCCAUAUAAAAGCAAAAUGGAAGAUGCAUGGCAGAAGGCAUAUGACUUUGCUGUUGCAGUGGCAAGAAAAGCUGGCGCGGAAAUUAGGAAAGCUGGAGAGAGUGAAAUCAGAGUCAUGACAAAGAGCUCCACUGUGGACCUCGUCACCAAGACUGAUGAGAGGGUUGAGAAAAUCAUCAUCGGGUCUCUUAAAGAGGAAUUCGGAGAAGGCACACACUGUUUCAUUGGGGAGGAAUCAGUUGCCAAAGGCGAGCCAUGUAUCUUGACUGACAAACCUACAUGGAUCAUAGACCCAGUGGACGGCACCACAAACUUUGUACAUGGAUUCCCAUUUGUGGCUGUCUCUAUUGCAUUUGCUGUCAAUAAGGAGCUGGAGUUUGGUGUGGUAUACAGCUGCUUGGAGGACAAGAUGUACAAAGCAAGAAAGGGGAAGUUAGCCUUCUGUGACGACGAACCCAUUCAGGUGUCUGAUGUGAAAGACAUUAACAAGUCAAUAAUAAUCUCUGAGCAUGGAACUGAUAGAAGCCCAGAAAAAGUGACAAAGAUCUUCUCCACAAUGCAAAAGAUCCUCUGCAUCCCAGUGCAUGGGCUACGUGGGUCAGGAACAGCUGCUACAAACAUGUGUCUGGUGGCGACCGGGGCAGUCGAGGCAUUCUUUGAGAUCGGGAUCCACUGCUGAGAUAUUGCCGCUGGUGCAGUUAUAGUCAAAGAAGCUGGAGGAAUCCUCCUGGAUGUUGAUGGGGGACCAUUCGAUCUAAUGUCUCGGAGGAUGGUUUCAGCAAACAAUGAGACUAUUGCUAAACGGAUCAUCAAGGAAAUAGAAAUAUUCCCAGUGGUGAGGGAUGACGCUCCAAUAGAGAAGAAGUGAAGAUACUUGAUGAUGGUUUAUACUGAAUUUCAACUCCGCUGCAAAAUGCGAACAAGAAAAGCUCUUUCACACCUUUGUCUGAAUAAAAAUCUCUUUGCUGUA